CACUACUCGAAAAAUCUGCCUCGUGUUCGUCAUCCAUCGUCAUCCUUGAUGUGACAAGUCCCGUAAUUCAGUUUCGCAUGCCGGCUGUGACAAAUUGCAUGUUGCGUUGAAGGCCGUAUUAACUAAAGAACAAGAUGGCAAAAUUGUUAUCGAACCAAGUUUUAGAGUACUUAGACAAACAUAAUGAAGCAAAUUCGUUAGAUUUGAGUACUGAGCUGGGAGAGCAUCACGAUUUGGUUAUAGGAGCCAUCAAAAGCCUUCAAACGUUCGAUGAUUUAAUUACAGUGAAACCAACUGUUAAAAAGAUAUGGGAAGUUGUACCAGAGGGAAUACAUAUAUUAGAAAAUGGCAGUCAUGAAGCAGUUGUUUACAACAAUGUUCCUGACAAGGGUAUACCUCAGCAGGAACUCAUAAAAUCAAGUCCUUAUGCUAAAUUAGGUUUUUCCAAGGCAAUGGCUGCUGGGUGGAUUAAACUGGAUAAUAGUAGUGGUACUCCUAUUGUAAAAAAGAAAGUAUCAUCAAUUGUAGAUACUGUACGUGAACAUCUAAAGGAUGUUAACAAUAUCCCAGAAAAAGUUAAGACAGAAUAUAAAAAAAGAAAUCUUUUACGAGAAGUGGUAAUUAAUAUGUUGCAUGUGGAGAAAGGAUCAAAUUUCUCCACAAAAACAGAAAAAUUAGAAGCUGAUUUGACAUCAGAUUUAUUGACACAUAGUGCUUGGAAAAUCAAGAAAUUUAAACCAUACAACUUUGAUGCUUUAGGUGCAACUCUUCAAAUUGGUCACUUACAUCCACUGUUAAAAGUUAGGCACGAAUUCAGAAAGAUCUUCUUGGAAAUGGGAUUUACAGAGAUGCCUGCAAAUAAUUAUGUGGACAGUUCCUUCUGGAAUUUUGAUGCUCUCUUUCAGCCACAGCAGCAUCCUGCUCGCGAUGCACAUGAUACCUUUUUUGUUUCUGAGCCAUGUAUCAGUACAAAGUUCCCUAUGGAAUAUCUCGAAAAGGUGAAGACCGUUCAUAGCAAAGGAGCAUAUGGAUCUCAGGGGUAUAGAUACGAUUGGAAGCUUGAAGAAGCACAGAAGAACUUGUUGCGUACUCACACGACAUCUGUUAGUGCACGGAUGUUGUAUAAACUCAUGCAGGAGGGGGAGUUUAAGCCGGUGAAAUACUUCAGUAUUGAUAGAGUAUUUCGAAAUGAAACGUUAGAUGCGACGCAUCUUGCGGAGUUUCAUCAAAUCGAAGGUGUUAUUGCCGAUUAUGGGCUAACAUUGGGCGAUCUUAUUGGGACAAUUUACGAGUUUUUCAAGAAGCUUGGAAUCACGCAACUUCGUUUUAAACCCGCGUAUAAUCCUUACACUGAACCGAGUAUGGAAAUAUUCUGCUAUCAUAAUGGCUUGGAAAAAUGGAUAGAAAUUGGCAACAGUGGCAUGUUUAGACCCGAAAUGGUACUGCCAAUGAAUCUACCCCCUGAUGUCAAUGUUAUUGCAUGGGGUUUGUCAUUAGAAAGACCAACGAUGAUUAAAUAUGGUUUAAAUAAUAUACGUGAUCUUGUUGGGCCAAGAGUGGACAUGGAAAUGAUCCACAACAAUCCUAUAUGUCGAUUAGAGAAGACUAGUCGAAUGUUUCUACAACGAAAACCACAAGAGCAAAAAUCUAUUCAAAAUCAAUUGAACCAAGAAGAGAAAAUCAAGCAAACUUCGAUAUAUUCCUCGGAAAAACAAGCACUUUCCAAACAAAGGCUUAUUAUUUUUUGCGACCCGGAAUAUCCGAUUUAUUUCCUUGAGUCUUUUUUACGACUCAUACAACCGUAUUUCAGAAUCUCUGUGUCAACUUAUAUUCAUUCUACAGUAAGAAAUUUGCCUGAGAAGCUCGUAGGAUUUUGUUCGGAUUUUUCCAAUACGUGUACGAACACAAAUAUACAUAUAGUUUUAAUUUGGAAAACUGUCGGAAUCGAUCCAGUCAUGGAAUUACCAGGAAUGCGUAAAAUUGCAGGGAUAGUGAACAUCGCGCGAUACUUGAAUCGUUUGAUUGAACUCACCGAUGUUAAAGUAUUAACGUACGAACGAGAUGGCGUGUCUUACGCGAAUAACAUAGAUUUUCAUCUGGAUAGAAUACACUGUGCAUUGCAUGGUAUAGAUAACAAUAUAUUGUGUCCAGUCCCCAAAACACCUUAUGUAUUGGGCCCGUGUAUUUCCAUAGUCGACAUCAUUCUCGAAUCUAUCGAGAAGUAUAACAUAAAAAAAUAAUUUUACUCAUUUCUUACGUGUAUUGAAUAUUUUGUGCAUAGCUGGCGAGAAUUUUAUUUAAAUGUCAAAUUGAUAAAUAAAAAUCUGUUUAAAAACUUAA